AUGGGAAUGGGAAACGACAUUUUACUGCAAAUUCUAUCAUGUUUGCUUCCAAAAACUUUGACGAGGUUCAAGUGCGUCUCUAAAUGGUGGUGUGCUCUCAUCAGCAGCCCGGAGUUUGUUGUGAAGCACGUGCAACACAAUUCUGAUCCCGACAAUAAUAUUUUGUCCUCCUCCUCCACUUGUACAGUCCUUUUGAGGCGAUUAUUAGUGGAUGAUGCGGUAUGCGAGGGCCGACCCCGCACCCAACCUGUUGUAUUCUCAGUCCUUAAUUUUUGCUGCAACUGCUGCAAUGCAAAUUCUGAUAAUUGUCAUUGUAAUAAUAGUGAUCCGCUUAGGUUUCUUUCUAGUUUCGAGGACAUGGACAUGACCAACCUAAAGCAGCCGCUGAUUGGCAAAGCAAACACAUUUCGUAUUGUAGGCCACUGUGACGGUAUCAUUUGUGUCCAACUUAAUGCUGUAGAGGUGUUGUUAUGGAACCCAGCAAUUCAUGAGGCACCCAAGUUACUGCCUCCGGAGCCGUACCUAGAUGUUCACAUUGCUUCAUCAAGACGGUAUCGUGACAUGUCAAAGGCCCUGGGAUUGGGCUAUGAUCCUAAAACCAAUGAUUACAAAGUAGUUGACAUUGGAUAUCCUGGCAAUGAAUUAUAUGGUGAGUAUGGUGAUGGAAAUGACGGUAUAAUUUAUACGCCAAAACCUGUAGUGUACAGUUUGGGGACGGAUACUUGGAGAGAGAUCGCAACGGGCUCUCUGGAAACUGAAACUACAAACCUUUGGCCGGAGGAUUUCCAGUUCUACUUAAAAGGGAUGUGUUACUGGGUGGGGCACGAGCAAUCUAAGUUGGUCGACGGCGGGGGCGACACGCUGGUGAAAGACAUUAGGGAUGUGAUCAUUUCGUUUGAUAUGAGGGAUGAGGUGUUUCAUGAUAUACUGUUUCCGCAUGUAUAUUGUUUAAGCUCAACGAUUUUUUAUAAUAUACGGCUUCUGCUCUGGGAUCAUAAGUCUGUUGCUCUCUUUGGAUGCUGUGCUAGGGGACACGCUGAUGAAUCCUUUGGAAUAUGGGUCCUGCAUGAAGAAUUUGGAAAUCGGCCGAACAAUAAUUAUUAUAAUGCUACUUGGACCAAACACCAUGCUUUUAAUCUCACUUUGACCCACAAGCCUUUGGCAUUUUGGAAGAGCGAUGAGAUUCUUUUCGUUUCUGCAUAUGGUUAUCAACCUCUAGACUCCUACAACCUCCAUACAAAAGCAUCAUCUCAGUGUCUUCCUAUUCUAGGCGAUCCGGAUGGUUUUGCCGCUGUUUUUUACGUGCCUAGUAUGGUUUCUGUAUUGGGAUUCAGAAAACUUUACUCUAUGUGA